AUGGUCAAGCACAAGAGCAGGAAUGGGAUCUCCCGCAAAACAGUCAUUUACAGCCAUGAAGAGACUGGACCAACGCGCAAAGAACUCACUCAGAAGGAGAUUGCCGAGAAGCGCGAGGAAACCGACCGGAAAAUUGAUGAGAUGCUGUCUGGACUAUCGGAUGCGGCUCAGCGCGCAAUGAAAGACGUGCGAGGGGAUCCUGUGGAAGACCCUUCAGACACCAUCGCAGACGUAAUGAUGGGCAUUGGUGAAGGAGACGAAGAUGGCUGGGAAGCGGAAGACGAUUCCGCGCCGAAGGAUCCCGCUGCGGAAGCGCUCCGAGAUCUACUGAACACCAGAGCGCUGAACAGGAAGCCCGCGGACAUCCGGAAAUGGAGGCAGCGCCUCCAGGUUGCACACAAGAAGUGGACCGACCUGCUGCCCAGUAUAACCGACGCGUACUUACAUUGGAAGCACUGUGGCGGGAGCACUAGUCAAGAACCAUCGGAAUACGACUUUGAUAUCGAGGUAAUUGAUAUUGACAGCCUCAGCGACUCGGUCCGGGUUCCUCGUGAGGCGGAUCAAACGACUUCCGAGGCUCUCAUCUGCAGCGGCUAUCUUGGGAUCACUCCAGAGCAGCCGGGGAUGGCGAUUGCCCUGAAGACGCUAGAGUGGCUCCGCAUCAUUCGUCUUGUCAAGCCCUCCUUCAGCAUGGAAGCGUUUGCGAAGCUCGCGUGCUAUAAAUACAAGAUGCCCUACCACCGCCGUUAUGGGAGGGCCAUCAUCCAGGCUUUCGAUGCCUAUGUGAUGAUACUGGAAGAGGUUAUUGCUCGCGUGAAUAAUCAGCUUGGGCGGACGGCGGAGAAUUGGCGAGUAACUCACGGCUGCUGCGCAUGCGGAUACAAGAUUCAAGAAGAGAAGCCACCUACGUAUGUCCGCAAGGAGGUCAUGGAUGCGAACAAUUCCUUGAAGAGGAUGGCCACACCUGGUGGGCGACUGCAAGGAGACACCAGGAUUUGGUCCUGUGAUUACAUGCUACCCCGGGAGUUUGUCGAUACCUUUGCAAACGAGGUCUCUCGCGGCCAGCCCCAUGUCGCCGUUCCAGAGGGAUCAGUUCCCAUCAAUGCCGGAGAUGCCACAGCCGAUGCCGACGCCGAUGACCUGAUCGAAGAUGCCGAUCCCACGGCUACGGAAGGUGAUCCGACUGAUGGCGCCAUCAACUCUGCGUGCGCGUCCAACUGGAAAGCGGCCUCCGCAGACGAGAAGAAGCGGAUGUGGGGUAUUUUCGAAGAGACGGGUAUCUUCGCGAUGUGCUGCGCCCAUGGUCGGAUCACGUGGAUCGCGGACAUGGUACGCAGCGGCGAGCUCGCCAAAUACCCGAUCGCUAUGGUCCGAAAGCUUCUCGACACUAUCCCCGGCCCGCAUAUUGUCGGCUACGACAUCGGCUGUACCUUCAAGACUACGCUGGCCAGGAGUUCUGUCGGUCCGGACUUUGCGAAGUCCGGCUCGCGCUGCUGUGUGAAUGCUUUCCACGGUUAUUCACACUCCUACCCCUGCCAGCUUGACAACCAUCCGCUCGGUAUAGCAGGCAUGGGUCUUGAAGACCUGGAGACCCUUGAGCGCGUCUUCAGUGACUCCAACGCUCUCGCACCGGUUAUCCGGUACGCGUCUGUUUACCGGCGCCAUGCGCUGAUGACGCUAUUUUUCCGACAUCGGGAUGAAGAGAAGCACACGAACCUUGGCGAAUUCCUCCUCAACAACUACAAGCAGGCCAUUAACAUCAUCAACAAGACGACCCCCAUGUUGAGGGAGGCUCUAGCUACCAUGGGAGUCACUACUGACCAGCUGGAGGGCUUCGCUUCCGCGGAGCGGGAGUAUUUCGCCAAUCUCCAGGAUGAAGCGCCCCGGGAUAUCUACACGGUCGAGUACGUGAUGGCGCUUCAAGAGCUGCAAGCGACGAGGAACGAGCUCGACAGGACUUCGGUGGCGCUGCGCAGUACAGUCCCAGCGAACUACCAGUUCCUCACGCCGUCCUCUGGUCCGACUGACUACAACGCCUACGCGAAGUCCACUCGGAGACUGGAGUCCCGACGCCGUGAGCUCACGUACAAGAUCGAUCGUCUCCGAGCAGACAUUACGGAGUGGGAAGUGGCCCUAGAGCUCAAUCAGUCAUGGACACCAACCCAUCCGGAGUAUCAAACCACUCUACAGUAUAUCUCGACCCGAAAAUACCAGCAGGCACUCGGGCGAUUGCAACGCCUCGUCGUCCAACGUCUAUUUGAGCUGCAUAAGCUCAAUCUCGCACAGACCGCCUACAAGGUGCGCACCCAAAUCGCGAAGAACCUGCAGAAGCGCUCAAAGGCCAUCCGCGCCGCCGUCAAGGCAUACAAUUCCGCCGCCGCUGCUCUCACUCCCCCGCGCCCUUCCCUGGACUGGGAGCGGGUAUCACACUUCAGCUUUGUGGAAGAAUUCGCGCUGUUGAACGACACACGCAACGACCUCAAGGGCAAGGUCUGGGCUCAACCCCUCGCGCGCGAGGCCAUGCGGUGCGGGCGCCGCCUCGCGCGUGCUCACGAAGAAGUGGAGCGCGUGCACUGUGAAGCUCGCCGUGUGCUGACGUCGAUCCAUGACGAAGAACGGCACUUCAAGACUGUACUAUGGUACAUGCAGUCUGUGGGAGACAGCCCUGUCCUUCGCGAAGUGGCCGAGCAUGUGAUCCGCCGUAAUGCCAACAACGCGCACAUCCUGCGCCAUCUCAACAAACUCUUCGCGCUGCCGGGUUACAUGGGCGAGACGACACCAGGGACAUACUCAGGGCCUCCGCGCGAAGGCGCGAUUCCUGCCGAGGCGAUAUUUGUGGCCGCGCGCGCUCACGAGGCUGAGGAGACAUCCUCCUCUGCCUCCCUCCUCACCGGCACGUUCAUCUUAGCGUUCCCCGAUGCAAGCACUCGCCCCAGCGAGAUGGCGGUGAUCAUGGGGACGAUGGGGACGAUGACAGUGAGGACGAUGGGUCGGACGGGGUAG